ACCCCUACAGCUCCCUAACGAACGGCCAUGCGAAUCUUCUUAAACACACAGUCCGUAAUACAAUUAAAUUAUUAAGAAACAUUAAAGCCAAUCAUCGUCGCUUCAUUGUCUUGUUUUCGCGUUGAAUUGGGACUCGGACGUGUGAGAUUGAGCGAGUCAUGACUCGCACUCCCAGUUUAGGUGUGAGUUCAAGCGAGCGAUACAGCGUGUUUGAUUUCAAUGAAGAUGACGAGAAAGUUGAGAAGAUGUCGGAGAAAUUACUCGGGAAAUUUGGAAACUCUAAGAAGAGAAAGUGUGACUUGUCUUCUCCGAUCACCAAAUAUAAGUUUCUCGGAUUCUUUGCAGGAUGUUCCAGGGCUCAAGAAAAGGAAAGAGGAAGUGAGCCUAUUGUUGUUGACGGUGGACCAAUUGAUGCUGACUCAGGACUGCCAGGAUGUGCCAGGGCUCAAGAAAAGGAAAGAGGCAAUGAACCUAUUGUUCUUGAUGAUGGACCAAUUGAUGUUGACUCAGGACGAGGGAUGAAGACUCUAAGCGAGGAAGUUGUCAAUGAAUUGAUAGAUAUUGAUGCUAAUGAUUUAGGCAAUUCUCAUAAACCUUCCAUUUCACUUCCUAUGUGCAUGGUACAAGAAGAUGGUGAUGUUAAGGAGAUAUGUUGUUUGGAUGCACAUGUGCCAUCCAGUUCUUCAAAUGAUGAAAAAACAGUGGAUAUGAUUUUAGAUGACGAUGAUGAAAAAAGUGAAAUGAGUUCUUCAUCGAUUUCCGUCUCUACUCUUGGAGAGAAAGAAGUUCCAUCCAAAGAUCUAGUGCCAGAAUGUUGUUCUGUUGGGCAUAAGAUUGAUAUUUUAAAUAAUGCAGUUGUUAUCUUCCCCGAUUUUAUCCUAUAUGAUGACAUAUAUUGUACAGAGUCUCGUUUAACUUUCUCAAGCAGCUGCAUCAGUGUUGAGGGUUCUACUGUAAAUGGGGCCAAAGGAUCUUUUAAAGCUAAAUGGGCCAUUGGUGAUAUUAUGAGCAUUGAGUCUGAAUGGUGGGGGAGGGUUGAGACUGCUAUGCUUAAUCUUAGUCUUAAAUCAAAGGUUUCUAAAGGAUCUGGAACUGCAAAUGAAAUUCCAGGGAUUGACAAAUUGAAAUUUUCAGUUUAUGAUCCUGAUUGGUUUGAAGGACAGGAAGCAAUCAAAUCAUUGGAUUCCAAAUAUAGAGAUAUCUGGAAUGUUAUUUUUGACACUGAUCAGGAAACAGAUGGUGAUGCCUUUUUAGGGUCCAAAAACAUGAGCAUCCCAAAGCCUCAUCUCUAUAUUCUUGAUGAGACUUUUGAAGAAGUUGUUUAUCCAAGAGGGGAUCCUGAUGCUGUUUCAAUUAGUAAGAGAGACAUGGAACUUCUGCGGCCUGAGACAUUCAUCAACGAUACCAUAAUCGACUUCUACAUAAAAUAUUUAAAGAAUAAAAUUCAACCGGAAGACCAGCAUAGGUUCCACUUCUUCAAUAGUUUUUUCUUUCGGAAGCUUGCUGACUUUGACAAGGACCCACGUAGUGCCUGUGAGGGUAGGGCAGCAUUUCAACGAGUUCGUAAAUGGACAAAGAAAGUGAACCUUUUUGAGAAGGAUUACAUUUUCAUUCCUGUAAACUAUAGUCUUCAUUGGAGUUUGAUAGUCGUUUGUCAUCCGGGUGAUGUGGCUUGUUUUAUAGAUGAUGAAAGUGAAAGGGCACUUCGAGUUCCAUGCAUCUUGCACAUGGAUUCUAUUAAAGGAAGUCAUAGGGGCCUAAAGAAUCUUAUUCAAAGUUACCUGUGCGAAGAGUGGAAAGAGAGGCAUAAUGACACUCCGGAUGAUGUAUCUUUGAAGUUCUCACGUUUACGAUUUGUCCCACUUGAGAUGCCACAGCAGGCAAAUUCGUUUGACUGUGGCCUCUUCUUGCUGCACUAUGUUGAAUUGUUCCUUGAGGAAGCUCCUAUCAACUUCAGCCCUUUUAAGAUAACAGAAUUCUCAAACUUUCUUAAUAGGAAUUGGUUUCUACCUGCAGAGGCUUCUCUGAAACGGGCACAUAUCCAGAAGUUAAUUUGUGAAAUUCUUGAAGAGCAGACUCAGAAAUGUUCUCAAGUGGAAUCCACUGAUAAACAUCCUCACUCCCAGUUUGUCAUUGCAGGUGAGCAAGAAACUGGGGUAGAGUUUCUAACAGAGAGAUGCUGUUCACUGGAAAUGUGUAGGGUUGAUUCUUCAAGCCUUAAUAAUGAACUGGGGAUUGAGAUUUCACUUCCAUCAAAAUCUCUGCUGACAGAGGGGUGGCAACAAGUUGAAGUACCAGGAUUGGAUUCCAGGAAGUCAUUUGAGCCGGAAACUAGUACAAGAAAAUUUUCCCGCGGAAAUUACUCACAGAUGAGAGCAUCUCGCUUAAAUUUCAUGUCACCAAUAAAGGAGGCAGAAGAAGUUUGUGAGCAAAUCUCUGAUUCAUCAUCAGAUACAGAAGAUUGUUGCCAUAUUGUUGAGUCAGCGACUGAACCUCCAACUUCAUAUAUUGGUGAAGAUCUUAGAUCCUUGAGAACGUCCUGGACACAGAGUUAUUUGCAGCAGGCUGAAGAACUUUUUGAUGAUGCCUCAAGUUCUGAAAUCUCUACCAGUGGGUCCAGGAAAUCUUGGGAAAUAGGGGUAGAUGAGGAUCCUUCCCAUCCAGAAUUUGAGGGCUUUGGUCAUCCAACUGAAACUGAGAGACAAGAAUCUUCUUCAACUGCAACUGGGGACCUUGCCACUUAUAUUGUUGAUGACUCCCAAGAGGAAAAUGGAAAUGAUCCUGCCCAAUCCGAUGGAGAGUUUGAGUCAAGGAAAAACAUUGUCAGAAAAAGUAGUGCGCCAAUGGACAAGAAAGAUUUAGUGGCAGAAUCAGAUGAACUGGCUGUGAAAAGUUCAAAGCUGACAUCUCAAGAAAGUGGAAGGUAACUUAGUAAGGAGCCUACAAGGAACUUGCUGUAAAUAGCAAAUAUUUUCCAAGUAUAUAUUAUGAAAAGGAACAAUAUUUAGCUUAUAGAUCGGCAAAUAGAAUAGAAAGAUAUAGAAAAAGCGAGGAAACAAGUUGCUUGUUUUUUUGUAGUGGGGAAAUGACCCCAGAGAUACUGAAGAAUUCUUUUUGCAAAAUGAAAUGUCAACCUUUUGAAUGAUC